AUGCCGUCUACUACACUGGGAAGAUUUGUUCAAAACAGAUGCCCCUGUGAAAUCUCCCCCUUGCCGCCUCUGUGCUGGUGGGCCGUUCAAAGUGCGGGUGGUCCAGUCCAGGUGCAGGAGGCAAAGAUUAGCACCACACAGUGCCUGAAGGGUGCAAUUUAACUACUUCCUACUGGAGGCCCUCAUCUGAUCCUCCAUUUUUGGAUGUCAACGGUGGGACAGCCAGCGUGGAAAAACAAACAUGUGGACAGCGUUAACGUGAAGCCUUGAGUAAAAUGCAGCUGCAACCGAAGAUGUCGUCGGAACUCAGCUGAGACGCCUCCAAUCAGGCAAGCUGCGGCCCCUGAGGCCCGCAGAGGUUAACAAAACAUACCGGCACUGAUGAGAUUACACGUCAUUCCCACAAAGACUUUGCCAAGUCUGGCAUGGUUUGGGCCAAACCACUGAGCUUCAUGUUGAACUCCAAGAAGUGACCAAGACACAAGGAGCUCAACAGUACCCCCCUCUGGUGAAACUGAAAACUUGGAUUUUUUUUUAUUCUUACCAUAUAUGAAGGCCAUUUAAUUCAGCGUGUUGAAAGACUUCAGAUGUUUCCAUGCUGUCAGCCAAACUCACUUAAAAUGACUUUAUAGCCAUUAAAGUCAAUUAAAGCAUGGAGGCUUCAAGUUCUGCUCAUGUUGGAACUCCCCCCACAACAUUCACAAUGCUCCCCUCCUCAACUCCACCAUCUUCUUAUGGUUAUCUUCAGUUCUUCUGGAAGUACCAGGACAACUCAGUCAUUGUGGAGCAUUAUAACUACACAGGGAAGCUGCAGGGAGACCGCUACCGUGGCGGCCUCCGACCAGAGGGCAUUGCCUUUAUAGUGGUGUGUCUGCUCAUCAUUCUGGAGAACGCUGUGGUUCUUCUCGCUAUCUGGAGGAACAAGAAGUUCCACUUGCCUAUGUAUUAUCUCCUGGGAAACCUGACUCUGUCUGAUCUCCUGGCUGGGAUUACGUACAUGGCAAACAUCAUCAUGUCCGGGCCCAAGACUUUGCAGCUAACACCGCUUCUGUGGUUCCUCCGAGAAGGAGGAGUAUUCAUCACGCUGGCUGCCUCCAUCAUUAGCCUCCUGGCGAUCGCUAUUGAAAGGCAUGUAACUAUGGUGACUAUGAGGCCGUACCACAGUGCAAAGCGGGGACGGAUGUUGGCGUUGAUUUGUGCAAGUUGGGCCCUCGCUGGUUUCUUGGGCGUCCUCCCAAUCCUGGGAUGGAACUGCAUCCACAAACUGGACCAGUGCUCCACUGUGCUUCCUCUUUACGCCAAGAGCUACAUCCUGUGCUGCAUAUCGGUCUUCAGCGCCGUUCUCCUCGCUAUCGUGGUCCUGUACGCCCGGGUUUUCCGCAUCGUCCGCACCAAUACACAACGACAGCGGCUUGGCUUGUCCAGCAGCAUGAGGAAAGGCUUAGCGAGGAAAUCCCAGAAGUACAUCGCCCUCCUCAAGACGGUCACCAUAGUUCUGGGUGUCUUCAUCGCCUGUUGGCUCCCUCUUUUUCUUCUACUUCUCCUGGAUUUUUUCUGCCCGACACGCAGCUGCCACCUCCUCUACAAGGCUGACUACUUCCUUGGAGUGGCUAUGGUCAACUCGCUCCUCAACCCCAUCAUUUACACCCUAACCAGCAAGGACAUGAGAAGAGCCAUUCUCAGGCUGCUCUGUCGGCCAUGUCUCAUGACCAGAGACGGCCAGGUGAAGAAAAUCGGCAUGCCAUUCCUGGAGUGCAGCUUCAGCAAGACGGAGGUGGCCUCUCAGAAGUUGGAAGGGGGGAUAGAGACGACAAUCUCUUCUGGGAAUGGCGUCACAACCCCAUCUCCCAUCAAGGCCCUUUAUCCUAAACUCUUUAAGCCCUAAAGACUGUCGGCUUGGGUCGCACUUAACAAAAGGACAUGUAGCACUCUUUUUUUUUAUAGGACAACUACCUCUUUUCCACUGCAUGGGACCAACAUACUGUUUCCAGUACAUAACCAAUGCUGUGGACGUUGCAGUAUUACACUUACUGCCCUCAGUCUCCUGUUGGAUAAAACAUGCUCCUUCCUGUGAUAAGAGAUACAUGCAGGAGACCCUUCUGACUGAUGCGUUCAAGGUGGCAUGGGUUUUUGCAGUUUGCUGUGCAGUGGAAAAGGGUCAACAUGAACUGUAAGCAACCACCAUACAAAGCUACAGUUAGACGUCAACAAAAGGCUUCUCUACGCCAUGAGUGGUUACGUUUGAGACAACCAUUUCAAGGCUACUCAUCAAAUGUGAACAAGCCAGCUCUUAUCAACUGAUUUGCACUGAAAUGGCUUGCACUCUUGUGGUUCUGUGGUUUGUACCCAAGCCUGAAAGGACACUUUGAUUAAAAAAACCAAUGACCGAUAAGUGUAAAUACCACAUUCACACUCUCUUUGUGUGGUUUCUUGUUGAAAAAAAUAAUAAUAAUCUAUACACACUUGUUUGAGCUGUACAUCUGUAAACACAUGGAUUUCGCUGGAUCGAAGGCCUGAGGUGUGAUGUAUAGUGUACUUGAUAUAGAUUUUGUUACACUGUGGCAGCAAUGCAGUGGGGGGGCAUCGACAGGAAAGAGCUGUGGUUGCAUACAGCUAAGCACAGACAGACCACUUCUGUGGGAGGCAGAUGCAAAAUGACAGCUAUGGUGUGUGACCAGUGGAAAAUGUGUUUUUGUGUUAAAUGUCACAGCAACAAGAAGCAUUGCCAUUGGCUUCAAAGAUUUUUUUAUUAUCUCACAUUUGAUGUCACAUUUUUGUACAAAUGUUUUUUGGACUCUUCCAGGACAUUUUUUUUGUACUUUAAUUAAUUUGAGGAGUGUUCGUAACGUGUGUAUAGUAAGUUAUAUACAUUUUGUAACAGUGUCUGUAAUUUUAUUUUAACCAUGUUUUUUUCAUAAAGGACAAAACUUUUUUGUGGAGUUGGGUUUAUUUUGACUUUGUCUUAAAUUGUGCAUGAAGCCUUUUUUUUAUUUUAAGAAGAAGCCCGAGAGGAAGUGAGCCCCCUUGUCUCGCAUCUGGUAAGGGCAUUGGCCUACAUACAUUUCGGAUUUUUUUUUUUUUUUGUACUUCUGCCAUACAAAGAUCAAAAUGGGCCUUCACCAAUGCCUCACCUUCAACUGCAACUCGUGUUUUAUGCCAUAACUUUGUUUAAUUCCCACAUUGAACCACAAACAAGACCAUCCCGAAUGUAAGACAAACCCUCUUUAGUCAAGAUUUAGUCAAUUAAGACAAGUUAUACAUAUAUUUUUGUUAAAUGUUUUUAAAUUGUGUUUGCGGCAGAAUAUUGUGUUUUGGUAAUCUGUUUUUUUUUUUUGCCCUGGUGGGAGGGGCCAAGAGUUAUAAAGAGGCCUUUUUCAAACAUUCGGGGUGGGAGUAGGAUGGAAGUGCAUUCAAUCGCAUUAAACAGUACUACACAAAGGUAGUGUUGAGCCUUAAACACAGUAAAUGAAGUACUGUUGCUUCACCACUGUAAAUAUAUCUUUUUAAUACUUUGCGGUUGUAUUUUUCUUGCACCUUUUCACAUUCUUUGUACACUUUUUCAUUG